AUGGCAGGAUCAGUGAAAGGACAUGCAAUUGGAAUUGAUCUCGGGACAACAUACUCUUGUGUGGCAGUGUGGCAGCACGAUCAUGUUGAAGUGAUUGUGAAUGAUCAAGGAAAUAGGACUACUCCAUCAUGUGUUGCCUUCACUGAUACAGAAGAGUUGGUAGGAGAGGCAGCACUUAACCAGGUCAUGAGAAAUCCGGAGAACUCUACCUUUGAUUCAAAGCGGUUAAUUGGUAGGAAAUUCAGUGACACCUUGGUUCAAAGUGACAUGAAGUUCUGGCCAUUCAAGGUGAUCGGAGGUCCUAGUGACAAGCCUCUCAUUGUGGUUACUCACAAAGGCAGAGAGAAACAAUUUGGUGCUGAGGAAAUCUCAUCUAUGGUUCUUGCAAAGAUGAAAGAAACUGCUGAAGCGUACCUUGGAUCAACUGUGGAUAAUGCUGUCAUCACUGUCCCUGCCUAUUUCAAUAACUCACAGCGUGAGGCUACAAAACAUGCUGCCGUUAGUGCUGGCCUAAAGGUGAUGCGUAUUAUGAACGAACCAACUGCUGCAGCCAUUGCUUAUGGCCUUGACAACAAAACCGGCUGGUACAGCAAGAGAAAUGUGCUCAUAUUUGAUUUGGGUGGAGGGACAUUGGAUGUGUCACUACUUACCAUAGGUGAUGGUGUCUUUGAAGUUAAGGCCACAGCUGGAGAUACACACCUUGGAGGUGAAGACUUUGACAACAAAAUGGUGAACUAUUGUGCUGAGCAGUUCAAGAGGAAGCAUGAAUUGGAUGUCAGUGGAAACUCCAAAGCUCUAAGAAAGUUAAGAAGCGCCUGUGAAAAGGCAAAGAGAAGACUUUCGUUUACAUCUGCAACAGACAUUGAAAUUGAUAGUUUGCAUCAAGGUAUCGACUUCUAUGUAACUUUUACUCGUGCCAAAUUUGAACAACUCAACAAUGAUUUCUUCAUGAGGUGUAUGGUGCCUGUAAAUAAGUGUUUGAGGGAUGCUAGAAUGGAAAUAAGCAGUGUCCAUGAUGUUGUUCUUGCGGGUGGGUCUUCUCGAAUUCCCAAGGUGCAACAACUGUUACAGGAUGUGUUUAUGGGGAAGAAGCUGUGCAAGAGCCUCAACCCUGAUGAGGCUAUAGCACAUGGUGCCGCUAUUCAGGCUGCUGUUUUGAAUGGUAAAAAUGUACUUGGGAAGCUUCAACUCUUCACUCUAUUGGAUGUCAUCCCUAUGUCACUUGGGGUGGGAAGUGCCAAAGUUUCCAAAGAUGGUAGAUUGGAGCCGUUCAUGAAUGUCUUGAUUCCAAGAAACUCGAGAAUUCCCCUAAGGAAGAGAGAUGGGGUUACUACUGUUAGUGACAACCAACCUUUUGUCAGCUUUCCCAUUUAUGAGGGUGAGAGUAGUAUACCCAAAGAUAAUAACUUUUUGGGUAAGCUAUUGCUUGAUGGCAUUCCUCCAGCUCCUAGAGGUGUUCCCAGAAUCUACAUCUGCUUUGAUAUUGAUGCCAAUGGUAUCCUGAGUAUAUCAGCCGAGGACAAGUCCACUGGCCAAAAGAAAGAGAUUACGAUCAACAGUGAUCGAACAGCCAGUGAAGGAAUUGAGCCAGUGAAGUAA